AUGGCGUUGCUCGAUCGCGCUGCGUUGUCCUAUGUGGCAGACUGGAUCAUCAUCGUUGUGUUCUUGGGCAUUGCCGGCGCAUUUACCAUCCUGGAGCCAGUCAAACGCGACUUUUCAUUGACAAAUGAUGCUAUCUCCUACCCUUAUCGCGAAGAUACGAUUUCGAUACCGCUUCUUUUUAUCAUUGCCGUGGUUGCUCCUGCCAUCAUCAUCGCCAUCGUUUGCGCUGCCCUUGUGCGCAUACCACCUCGACCAGGCAUAGAGCCAUCGACUAAGGCGCAUUGGAAGCGCAAGUUGUGGGAAUUGCAUGCUACAUGGCUGGGUCUCGCGUUCUCCCUCACGCUUUCGCUCUUCCUGACCCAGACCAUGAAGAACAUGUUCGGAAAACAUCGUCCGGAUUUCCUGGCGCGCUGCAAUCCGGAUAUUGUAAACAUGGAUAAAUAUCUCGUGGGCGGUUACACCAGUGAAGCACUCGAGGGCACUUCGCAAUUAGUGAAUUGGCAGAUAUGUCGCAGCAAGGAUGGAACUGGGGUCGGGAAAUCAGAAUUCAUUGAUGGAUUUAGGAGCUUUCCAAGUGGGCAUUGCACGGUCGCCUUUGCAGGUCUGACCUAUCUCACUCUCUUUUUGGCUGCUAAGUUUUCCACCAACGUCCCAUUUUUGAGGUCUGCGCCCGGUAGAGAACCGAGCCACUUCCCAUAUGCGGAUGAGAGAAAGGCAUCUGCAGCACCUCCACUGUAUCUGUGGGUAAUAGUGUUCAUUCCCUUUGGGGCCGCCAUCUACAUUGCUUCGACGCGCUUCACAGAUUACAAGCAUGCAGGUUUCGACGUCCUAUCUGGGUCCUUAGAGGGUGCUGUAGUUGCUUGGUUCGCUUUCCGAGUGUAUCAUCUCCCCGUUCGUCGCGGAGCUGGUUGGGCUUGGGCACCCCGCCACCGAAACGCAGCAUGGGGGAUAGGAGUUGGAAUGGGCAGCUAUGGCAUACUCAGCCAUUCCAAAACCAAUAUGCACAGACAGGCUGACGCUGAGCGGGCGGGCGCAGAUGGACGGCACACCGCAUCAGUCGAACUGCGUGAUCUUCGUGCCACCGAAACGGCAGAUGGAAGCUACGACAGCCAUCGUGCCUUGGUAUGAUGAUACAGUACAUGGCAACUGUGAGCACAUGUGCUUGAAAGAAUGAUUCCAAUUGGUCGAGG